AUGCUGCGAAAGAGCCCAACUGCAGACUGGGAGAAGAAGUCCGUCGAUUUUAUCCUCGUCAAGCCGAGCCCCGCGAAGAAGUUGUCCUACUCUACGAGCCUCAUCGCCAGCUCCAUUUCGCAAGUGGUGCCGCCGGUUCUUCCAGUGCCCUUCAAGGAAGGCGAGAUGCCGCCCAAUGCUUACACGAUGCGCUGCGACAAGGCGGGCUUCACCUUCGACAGCCUCCACGGCAUCGGGUUCUACAACGGCCAUCCCCUGCUGGAGCUGCAGCCCAACGGCCAGCUGAGCCUAAACAUCGGUCCCUCCUUUGUACACAUCUUCGACAGCAUGGGCAGCAGCAAGCACAACAAGAAGAUCGGCUUGCUGGACUUGAAGCUGAAGUGCCGCAUCUUCGGGUCCUUCGGGGAUCAAGAACUCGCACCCAUCUCCGCACGCAUGGACAUCGCGGUGUCGGAUUCCACCUGUUGGGUGGAGGAGAAGAUCCCUUGUCGCAAGACCCAUCGCUGGACCCACGUGACCAGCCAUGCGCAAUGCCAACACACGUGCAGGAAUACCGCAAGCUGCUCUCACUACAAAUACUGGCGACAUGGACGGACCGCCUACUGCUACGACACCAAGCUGGACGAGACGAAGACCAGCACCUGCACUGUGUGGUCCAAAGUCCCGGAUUGCAAUCCUAUGAGCACCUGCGUCAAAGUGGAUGCACCCACCUGGCUGGAACGAGGCAUCUAUUGCCCUGUGGGCUACGACAUUGACCGGCAGAGCAUGACAUACCUCAAGGAUGGAAAGACUCCGAAGGAGAGGAUCUAUCUGCGCCGGUACAAGGCUGGUGUUGACCAAACCGUGGAUGGCUGCACCAACGGCGGAUGGUUGCUGCAAGAGAAGGACGCGAACGACUUCAUGAGCUUGUCGAAAGGGAUCUUCGAGUUCUCCGGACCUCUUGUCGGCUGCCAGGUGAAGGGGGUGAGCUACACCGGCCUUCCUUGCGAACAGCCGGGAAACAUCACAGAGGAAGGGGCCGACAUGCAGCCGAUUAUCUUGGACGACCCGAACACAAAGGAUCCUGCUGACUUCUGGCUCCAUCCAUGCGCCGCAUUGGCUGCAAUCGCGGGUCCCGAAUCCUCCCCGCAGGACGCCAUCGAGGCUUCCUUUGGAACCAAGGGAUGGGAUUUAGGAUUGUGCAAGCAAGGCGAGCUGAGCCAGUUGACAUCAGUGUCUGGUGCAUUUCCGGGCAGUGAGGUCUUCGCACAGAUGCCACCAGAGUCUGCCGACGAUUUUGUUCCGUCCCCGAUGAUGAUCGUUGAAGGUCAGUUUGUUUGUCCCCCCGGUUGCAUGCUCGGGGAUGGACCCAUCUUCGAAAGCGACAUCGAGUCCAUGGAGAUCGGAGACUGCGAGAUUAAAUGCAAGAACAAUGACGACUGCCACUUCUUCUGGCACGGCUCGCAGCACUCUGCGAACACAUGCCGGUUGUACUCGAGAUGUGACAAUCUCCUCCGAGAGCCCGGUGUCGAGGGCGUGCUGAAAGCGGUACCUCGUUCGCCCAUCUGCCUCGUGAACAACCCCGAGAUGUGCUGGACCAAAACGAUGCGACGCUACGCUCUGACCAGUGAGAAGCCACCAAGUGAGUUCCAAUUCCUGUACUGGAACCUGCAUGCCCAGUGCGACUACAUGCUCUUACUUGGAGGCUGGGGAGUCAGCGGCUGCGCGCGGCCGUCCCACCGCACACUGAAGAGCCAUCGCUGGGCUCACAAGAAGCUUUUGCCUGAGGAGUUCGCUCAUGGCACAAGGCUGAAGGCAGCCACGCCCUGCAACCAACAGGUAGAUUGGUGUUCUAGUCUUUGGAUCGUUACGUCUCUCUCCCCCCCUCUCUCUCUCUCUCUCUCUCUCUCUCUCUCUUUGUGUGUGUUCGCAGUUUGCAAAGACCUUCCUGCUCUUCCUUGUUGGGUUUAG